UGAGCGUAUCAGCAUGCGCCAGUCCAAAGUGGAUAAGCUGUAUGCAGGCCUGAAGGAUCUAGCUGAAGAGAGACGGGGCAAGCUGGAUGAGAGACACAGGCUGUUCCAGCUCAACCGCGAGGUGGAUGACUUGGAGCAAUGGAUUGCCGAAAGGGAGGUGGUGGCAGGAUCCCACGAGCUGGGACAGGAUUACGAACAUGUAACAAUGCUACAGGAGCGAUUCCGAGAAUUUGCCCGGGACACCGGAAACAUUGGACAGGAGCGCGUUGAUACCGUUAACCACAUGGCAGACGAACUCAUCAACUCUGGACAUUCAGAUGCUGCAACAAUUGCAGAGUGGAAGGAUGGACUCAAUGAGGCCUGGGCUGAUCUCCUGGAGCUCAUUGACACAAGAACACAAAUUCUAGCAGCUUCUUAUGAACUGCACAAAUUUUACCACGAUGCCAAGGAGAUCUUAGGACGUAUUCAAGACAAACAUAAGAAACUGCCUGAAGAGCUUGGUAGAGACCAAAACACAGUGGAAACACUACAAAGAAUGCACACAACAUUUGAGCAUGAUAUCCAGGCACUCGGCACCCAGGUGAGACAGCUGCAGGAGGAUGCUGCACGCCUUCAGGCAGCCUAUGCCGGAGACAAAGCUGAUGACAUCCAGAAGAGGGAAAACGAGGUCCUGGAAGCAUGGAAGGCGCUGUUGGACGCCUGCGAGGGCCGCAGGGUUAGGCUGGUGGACACAGGAGACAAAUUCCGUUUCUUCAGCAUGGUUCGUGAUCUCAUGCUUUGGAUGGAAGACGUUAUCCGACAGAUAGAAGCCCAAGAAAAGCCAAGGGAUGUUUCGUCUGUUGAAUUACUAAUGAACAAUCACCAGGGUAUCAAAGCAGAAAUCGAUGCCCGAAACGACAGCUUUACUACCUGCAUCGAGCUCGGCAAAUCUCUUUUGGCAAGAAAACACUACGCAUCGGAGGAGAUCAAGGAAAAGCUGCUGCAGCUGACAGAAAAGAGAAAAGAAAUGAUUGACAAAUGGGAAGACAGAUGGGAGUGGCUGAGACUGAUUUUGGAGGUACACCAGUUUUCAAGAGAUGCAAGUGUGGCAGAGGCCUGGCUGCUGGGACAGGAGCCCUACCUGUCCAGUCGUGAAAUAGGUCAAAGUGUUGAUGAAGUGGAAAAACUAAUUAAGCGGCAUGAAGCAUUUGAAAAAUCUGCAGCUACUUGGGAUGAGAGAUUCGCAGCGCUGGAAAGACUGACCACGUUGGAACUGCUGGAAGUACGUCGACAACAAGAGGAAGAGGAGAGGAAGAGACAGCCACCCACUCCAGAGCCAAGCCCAAAGGUUGCAGAGGAUGCAGACUCCCAGCAGCAAUGGGAUGGGACAAAAGGAGAACAGGUUUCCCAAAAUGGUUUGCCAUCAGGCCAGGAAUCUCCACGGGUGGCAGAAACUGCAGAAACAAACGAAAUGGUCAAUGGAGCUGCAGAACAGAGGACGAGUUCCAAAGAGUCUAGUCCUGUUCCUUCUCCAACGGCAGACCGCAAAGCCAAGACCGCCAUUCAGGCCCAGACUGCUGCUACCCUACCAGCCAAAACACAGGAGAUACCUUCAGCUCAGAUGGAGGGCUUCUUACAUCGCAAACAUGAAUGGGAGACACACAGCAAGAAAGCCUCGAGCAGAUCAUGGCAUAACGUGUACUGUGUCAUCAACAACCAAGAGAUGGGCUUCUACAAGGAUUCGAAAGCUGCUGCUUCUGGCAUCCCCUACCACAACGAGAUUCCCGUCAGCUUGAAAGAAGCAGUCUGUGAAAUAGCAGUCGAUUAUAAAAAGAAAAAGCAUGUGUUCAAGCUAAGAUUGACUGAUGGCAACGAAUACCUCUUCCAAGCCAAAGACGAUGAGGAGAUGAACACGUGGAUUCAGGCCAUCACAUCAGCUAUCUCUUCUGAUAAAAUCGAAGUGUCCCCGACCACCCAGAGCACUCCAGCCUCCAGCCGUGCCCAGACCAUGCCUGCCAGCGUCACAAUAACCAGCGAGUCCAGCCCUGGCAAGCGGGAGAAAGACAAAGAGAAAGACAAAGAGAAAAGAUUCAGCCUUUUUGGUAAAAAGAAGUGAACUCCAUCUCCACACACUGCACUUCUCUGACCGUUCCAGUGGAAUUCCAGCAUGCGAGCUCAGAACCAAUACGUUACUCUCUGUGCCUCAUGUUCCUCAAUGUGAUUGACAUUUUUUUAUUUAUAGAGCGUUUUAAAAUAAAAAGCCAACAAAAAAGAAUCUAAAGUUACACGUGUAUGAGGUGCAUUGGGCAGCUUCUGUAGGAGAGGGAGGACCAGGUUUUGGGGGUUUCUUUUUUGUUUUUUUUUUUUAAAAUGAAGUUAAUGUAGAUUAGAUCUUAAUAUUUAAACUGUUCCUCAAUUUUGUGAGGCUGUCUUGGAAAAUAACCCACCCCUAGUGCUAUUGGUAUGCAAGGCAGCGGUGCUUUCAAAUCUACUGUGCACAUCAAAAACCAAUGUACAAAUUUUCGAAAACGUUCACUUCCAUUUAAGGUUGUUAUGCUGAGUCUUGACUAGUAGAGCCUCCCAUUACAAUUCUAACAUUUAUUAAAAUGAUAGUGUAUUAUCUUUGCUGUAACAGAGUGCAGGUAUGCAUUAACUUACAGACAAACCAUUUAUAUCCUGGCAUUGGUUAUUAACACAACCUGAAGCUUUUCUGCAUCAAGUACGACAGAUAAGAAUGUUGGUGUACAAGGCGGAUUAGCAGGCUGAUACAGUUUUAAAUAAUCUGUAAUUUCAAUUUUUUUUUUGCUGAAAUACAUUAUAUUGUAUGUUUCAGAUAAUUCUAGUACAAAGUAUAAUAAGACUAGAUGUAUAAUAAACCCUUUAAAAUCAUUGAUAAGUGUAAAAGUGGAACCGAAGCAUUUACUGGAAAAGUAAUGUUACUCAAAUGGUUACUUGCUUGUCAGCUGCAGCACUGUGUGUUAUAAUUUUGCUACAUUACCUUGCUAUUUGAUACAUAGUGUGCAUUUCUCUGUCACUGUAACUAUUGUAAUGAAAAAUUUUCAUCUUACUGCACAAUCAAAAAUGACAUUUAAUAGGAAUGAACUUUCAAUGACUGGGCCUGUAGUCAAGAGUAGUACUGGAACUGGCUUUCAGUUGUAUCGAACUGUACCUCUAGACUUUUACCCUAUCUGUUAAAUAUAUGCUAUGUCAUUAAAUGCUUUUAAAACUAAAUAUGCUGGUUAAGUUUCUUAUUUCAUGUCUGAUGAUGUUAAAGCAUAAUUUUGAAAGAGGAUCAAAAAUAAAGUUAUUUUAAAAUGUCA